AUGAGGUCUGCUGCCGUUUGUCUGCUGAUGUUCUGCAGCUGGAUCAGUGGGUGCCGGUCGGAGGCCUCGGUUCCUACACCUGGAUUUGUCGGGGUUGGGGAAGAUGUUUCCACUGAGUUCACUGUCCUGUGGGAUGAAAUGCUGGGCAUGAAGGAUCUGGUUUUGAGCCAGAGAGGGGAGGGGGUAGGACAACGUCAAGCCCUCCGGAGCAUAGAGAGCCGGCUCAGAGACGGAGAGACGAUGGCAGAGCGGCAGAGACAGAACCUGGACGGGCUGAAGGUGGAUGUCCACCAGCAGGUGGACGAGCUGAGGAGGACUCUGCUGUCAGAGCUGAGCUCCAGUUUGAGGAGGACCGAGGAGCUGGAAGUCCGGAACAAAGUCCAAUCAGUCCAGGUGUCAGAACUUCAGUCCAGAAUGAACAGCAGUGAGAGAUCUGUGGAGGACCUGAAGAAGAAGAACUCAGCUCUGGCGGCGGAGCUGCCGUUCCUGCAGACACGACUGAGGGCGAGUGAGAGCACAGUGGAACAGCUGAGGAGGAAGAGCACAGUCCUGGCACUCAGAUUGUGCAACACUGAGAGUCUGCUGGAAGACCUGAGGGAGCAGAUUUCAGCACCUCUAAAGUUCCAAGCCUCCAACAGAACGUCUGAGAUGAUCUCUGAUGGAGAAGAGAUGGAGAGUCGACUGAAUGUCAGUCUGGAGAAGCUGAAGACGAACACUGAAGAUCAAGUUUCUGAGGUGAAAAACCAACUGAGGUCCAGUUCGCUGCAGCUGCAGGAGCUGAGAUCAGCUGCAGUUUCUGCAGAGAGUCGGCUGGAGGAGACCAACAGGCAACUGGAGGAGCUGAAAACACACCACGCAGAGCUGGUGAGCAGACUGAGAACGAGUGAAGAACGGAUCCACGACCUGAACACAACAAACACAGCUCAGCUCUCCUCCAUGGAGUCCAGACUGACUGAUGGACUCAACAGAACUUCAGUUCUGGACGUCAGACUGAGUGUCAGCAAAAAGCAGCUUGAAGACCUGAAAACAGAAGACUCAGAUGAGCUUCAAGUGGGGUUUUCAGCCGGUCUGACUGAUUCAGGGUUAGUCGGUCCUUUUGAUGAAGAAACAACUCUGAUCUUCUCCAAAACCAUCACCAACGUCGGCCAAGGCUACAACCAGUCUGCAGGUGUUUUCACAGCUCCGGUCAGAGGACUUUACUUCUUCAGCUUCACAGCUGCAGAUUACUUGAAGGGCUACAUGGGUCUGCACCUGUACAGGAACGAUCAGCCAAUCAUCUUCAACCUUAACCUGAACGACCAUGGAGGAUACGCCUCCACUUCCAACGCUGUGGUUCUGCAGCUGGACGAGGGUGACCAGGUCCGCCUCAGUCUGCCUGCCACCUAUCGGCUCUACGAUGACUCCAGGAACUUCAGCAUGUUUUCCGGCUUCCUGCUGUUCCCGCUCUGA